AUGUCUCCGCAAGAUAAGGUGUGCGCCAUGCUCCAACACGAGCGUUUUCGCAACCGUUACCACAUAACGAAGGUGGCCGUCAAGAUGUUGUACGCGGUUAAUUUCCACUCACGCCCCAUUGAUCACUUCUUAUCCUCUGAGGAUCCUUCAACCUUCCACCAAGACCGCACAGUCGUCCAUGACGACGGUCAAUGGGGAGGCGUGGAGCCCGGUCCCCGCUUCCAUAUCCGCCAGGCGGACCAGCUUCAUCAUGUCCUUCACGUUAUCCAGGAUGCGACAGCAGAAUGGUAUCCGGCCGAUGUUGCUGCCAUUUUUCGCGCCGUUCACGGUGAUGCAGUACACCAGGCCGUGUUUGAGGGACUUUGCAACGUUGUGCUCUACCGGGUCGACAGCCGCGACUUUAUGGAGCGGGCGUUGCGGAUCCUACGGCCUAAGUCGCGAGAAUACCAGCAUUUUUAUGUUCAUCGUGUCCUGCGCGACGCGAUGAUGCGAACGGUUUUCGAUUCACAUGGCCCAGGGCCUCGGGCUACUGAGCCACGCCAUACUCGGGAACACCUCCCCAAGCGCAGGGAACCCAUCCACGACCGAGUCGUGGGGGACGUCAUUCCGAGCGAACUGUUAUCCCACCCGCUACUCGGGAUCAGAUCCCGCUGA